AUGGAGCAGUACAAUGAGAGCAUCCACUUCGACAAGCUCCUCCACAACACGAACUAUAACAACGGCAUUCUGACUAAACACGAGGUUGAGGAGAUCGAGAGAGGCCUCCUGGAGGUUGAAAAGGAGUGGGGGGCUGGCGAGUUCAACACUGUCCAGGGUUACGAAGGCAUCCACACUGCCAACGAGCGUUGGAUCGGCGAGAUAAUUGGCAAGGACAUCGCCGGCAAGCUUCACACAGGCCGCAGCCGAAACGAACAGGUCGCCUGCGACACGCGCAUGUGGCUCCGCAACGAGCUUGUCAAGCUCAAGGGCCACCUCGUCAGCUUCCUGAAGGUCACUGAUACCGGUGCCCAAAAGGAGAUCGACUACAUCGUGCCUGGUUACACUCACCUUCAGCGCGCCCAGCCCGUCCGCUGGAGCCACUGGAUGCUCUCCUAUGCCAUGGCCUUCGCCAACGACCUGGAGCGCCUUCUCGAGGUCAUUCAGCGUGUCAACCGCAACCCCUUUGGAUGUGGUGCCUUGGCUGGAAAUCCAUCCAACAUUGACCAUGAGGCAAUCUCCAAGGGGCUGGGCUUCGAGGGUCUGCUCUGGAAUUCCAUGGCCGGUGUUGCCGACCGUGACUUCGUCACUGACACGCUGCAGUGGGGCUCGGUCCUUAUACAGCAUAUUUCUCGCUGGUCCGAACAUACUCAUCCGGCGAGUUUGGCUUCGUUCCUCCGCGGCAAGAUUGGCCAGAUGGUCGGUUCCAUGAUGACCCAGAAGGGUCUCCCUAGCACCUAUAACAAGGACCUCCAGGAGAGCUGGGAGCCCAUGCUCGACCACGUCAAGACUGUCAGCGACAGCAUUCAGAUCGCCGAGGGUGCCCUUGCGACCCUCGGUACCCAGCCCGAGAAGAUGAAAGCAGCUCUCGACCCCUUCAUAUUAGCCGCCAACGUUGCCGAAUACCUUGCCGCAAGGCUUAUUCACGAGCAGCUGAAGGCUGUCGAUGAGCGCUUCGAAGAAGACAUUGCCGAGACCUUCAACUACGAGAAGAGCGUCGAGAUGAGGGCGGCCAUGGGCGGUACUAGCAAGUCCAGCGUCGAGCAGAUUGCCGUUCUGCGGGUAUCGUUGGAGUAA